AAGAUACUGAGUGAAGAGACAUGCAAAAGUUACUUACCAAGCUAGACUGAAUUGGAUUGUGCGGUAGAUUUAACAUGGAAAAGGUUGACUAAAUGUCGAAGAAAACGCACUGCUCUUCAAUCCAUAAGCGAAAGUUCGAAGUUUAAAUGAACAGAAAAUCACUCCAGUAUGACUGAUAAGAGAACUGUAGACCAUCUGGCCACAGUUAUUGAGCAGUACAUGAUAAGAAAUCAUCUUUUCGUUGAAAACUGCCCUUGGCAAAUAAGAAGUUCUCCCUUAGGCGGCUUUGGGGUUUUUGCGAAAAGAAAUAUUGAAGCUGGCGAUCUAAUUUUCAGGGAUUUGCCAGUCAUUUUGGGCCCGAGGUGUUUGAAUGUUCCUUUAGAAUGUUGUCUCCAAUGUUUCUCAAAAUCAGAUGUGAAGAUCUGCGAGAAAAAAUGCGGUCUGUUGUUAUGCCCAAGCUGUGACAAUGAGGGAAAACACCAGGGUGAAUGUAGCCUAAUCCUGAGUCUCAAAACCGAUCUAGAUUUGGUUGAAAAAUCAACAGCUAUGAUCAAAUGCCUAGCACCCUUGAGAUCCCUUCUUUUGAGCGAAGAGGACAAAGAAGUCGUGAAAAACCUGAAGAACCAUUGGGGCAAUCAACACGGCCAUGAAAUCGACAUUCUGACAGACGAAUUGCAUUUCAAAAUUCCCAAAGAUGAUCAGAAUUUCAUGAGAUUCGUGUGUUCUGUAUUGGAUGCCAAUGCUUUUGAAGUAAUUGUGGUGAACAAACAAGCCCAAACAAGUUUAAGAGGGUUAUAUCCUCUGGGCAGUUUGGCUAAUCACAGUUGUUUUCCAAACGCUUUCCAUGUGUUCGACGAUGAACGGAGAAUGGUGACCAGAGCUUCGGUUUUUAUCGAAAAAGAUUCAGAAAUAUUCGAUUCUUAUUCCAGAGUUAUAUGGGGAACUGCCACUAGAAGUAUGCAUUUAAAGAAAACUAAACAUUUUGUCUGCAAAUGCAAAAGAUGUUUGGAUCCAACGGAAUUCGGUACUUAUAUGAGUUCCAUCCUGUGUAAAAACUGUCGAGGAAAUUUGAUACCGACCAACCCUCUGAAAAGUUGCGCCUGGAAAUGCGAGGAUUGCAAUGAAAUUGUUCCACUGAAAGACGUCGCUAGAGUGUUUUCACUGAUCGGUUCUGUUUUGAAGUGUUUCGAUGAUGGCGAUUUCGAGCUUAUGGACUCUUUUUUGAAAGGAAAGUUGGCGACCCUCGUGCCGAAAUUCAGUCAAGUAGUCGUCGAAAUCAAAUAUAAAAUUAUAUGGAUUUUAGGGUACCAGGAGAAAUAUUCCUGGAAAGACAUGUCUACCGAAUUAUUGGAAUUGAAAAGAGAGUAUUGUGAAGAUUUAUUGAAAUUAUUGAAGAAGCUCAACAUGGGACAAUGUAAAAUGCGAGGGUUGCUAUUGUAUGAAGUUUUUCAAUGUCUUGAAGAAAUCCUACAAAGAAAAAACAACAACGACGAAAAGCUGCCGAUAUAUUGA